UGGCUUUCUUUCUGGAGGGGGCUGCUUAGAGGUUUUGGGUUCAGUACCUUCAAGGAUGCUCUUUUGAACCCAAUUGUAUUUCCCUAUCUCUAGGUUUCAGCCCCAGCACAGAAACAGGAAAUGCAUUUGGAGGAGACAACAGCUCUGGGUGCAACAAAGGAAUCUCCUCCUACAUCGCCCCUCAGUGGGGGCUCAGCCCCUGGAGUCGACCUGGAGCCUCCUUAUGACCCAGGGACGCACCACCUCCCCAAUGGGGACUUCGCUCAAUGUACUUCUCCAGUUCCUACCCUUCCUCAAGUGGGGAACUCAGGAGACCAAGCAGGGGCAACUGUACUUCGGAUGGUCAGGCCCCAGGAUGCUGUGGCGUAUGAGGACCUAUCUGUAGACUAUACUCAGAAGAAAUGGAAAGGUCUCCCACUCAGUCAGAGAGCCCUGCAGUGGAACAUGAUGCCGGAAAAUGACCGUAGCAUGGCCUCCUUGGCAGGUGAGAACAUGAUGAAGGGUUCAGAGUUGACUCCAAAGCAGGAAAUUUUUAAAGGAUCAGAGUCAUCUAACAGGACAUCAGGGGGACUCUUUGGGGUGGUUCCUGGGGCAGCAAAGACUGGAGAUGUUUGUGAAGAUACUUUCAAGGAGUUAGAAGGACAAACCUCAGAUGAAGAAAGGAGCAGACUAGAAAAUGAUUUCUUGGAAAUAACAGAUGAAGAUAAGAAAAAAUCCACAAAAGACAGAUACGACAAAUAUAAGGAAGUUGGGGAACAUCCACAUCUGUCUUCCAGUCCUGUUGAACAUGAAGGAGUUUUAAAGGGACAGAAAUCCUAUCGAUGUGAUGAAUGUGGCAAAGCUUUCAAUCGGAGUUCUCACCUUAUUGGCCAUCAGAGAAUCCACACUGGAGAGAAACCCUAUGAGUGUAAUGAGUGUGGGAAGACCUUCAGGCAAACCUCCCAGCUCAUUGUUCAUCUCAGAACCCACACAGGGGAAAAGCCCUAUGAAUGCAGUGAGUGUGGAAAGGCCUAUAGGCACAGCUCCCAUCUCAUUCAACACCAGAGACUCCAUAAUGGGGAGAAACCCUAUAAAUGUAAUGAAUGUGCAAAAGCCUUUACUCAGAGUUCCCGACUCAUUGACCACCAGAGAACCCAUACUGGGGAGAAACCUUAUGAAUGCAAUGAGUGUGGAGAGGCAUUCAUUCGAAGCAAAAGUCUUGCUCGACAUCAGGUCCUGCACACUGGUAAGAAACCUUACAAAUGUAACGAGUGUGGGAGAGCAUUCUGUUCCAAUAGAAAUCUCAUUGACCAUCAGAGAAUCCACACUGGGGAGAAGGCUUAUGAGUGUAGUGAAUGUGGCAAAGCCUUCAGUCGGAGUAAAUGUCUUAUUCGACAUCAGAGCCUCCACACUGGGGAAAAGCCAUACAAAUGUAGUGAAUGUGGGAAAGCCUUCAAUCAGAACUCUCAACUCAUUGAGCAUGAGCGAAUUCAUACUGGAGAAAAGCCUUUUGAAUGUAGCGAGUGUGGUAAGGCAUUUGGUCUGAGUAAAUGUCUUAUUCGGCACCAGAGACUUCACACAGGUGAAAAGCCCUAUAAAUGCAAUGAGUGUGGAAAAUCCUUCAAUCAAAACUCACACCUUAUUAUACACCAGAGAAUUCACACUGGUGAGAAACCCUAUGAAUGUAAUGAGUGUGGGAAAGUAUUCAGUUAUAGCUCCAGCCUUAUGGUACAUCAGAGGACCCAUACUGGGGAAAAACCCUAUAAAUGCAAUGAUUGUGGGAAAGCUUUUAGUGACAGCUCACAGCUUAUUGUACACCAGAGAGUCCACACCGGAGAGAAACCUUAUGAAUGUAGUGAAUGUGGGAAAGCCUUUAGUCAGCGUUCCACUUUUAAUCACCACCAGCGAACUCACACUGGAGAGAAGUCCUGAGGUCUGGCUUGGUCAGUUUCUUAAGGUAUGGUUCUCUGAGACAGAGAGCAAGGACCUUUGAGUUAAGCUGUCUUUAUAAGCAGGAUGCUCGUAGUGAUUUCCCGGAGCCAGUAGUCACAGUGGACCAUUCCCUACUUGCUUUUCCUUGGAUCACUAAGAGGGGACAGUAGGAGUAACUUAUUCUAGUUCUUACCCAUUAUUAGGAAGGUAAGGACUGCACAUGUCAUUUAAUUGUAGGUUUCCUUUUUUUUCGUUACUUUUAAAUUUUAACUUUUAAAAUCUAUUUCAUUUCUUAGUUAUGCAUCUCAUAAUCAGACUCCAUGCUUUUCAAAGACAGAGAUAAUAUCUUCUCUAUUCUAUUCUACUUCCUCCAUUUCACCAUUUAUACAAAGUCAUUCAACAAGGCUGAUUCAUGCCUUCCUGCCUCUUGGCUAUGGCCCUCCCUAUCUACUCUUUAAACUUUACUCUAUAGCCUUUCAUCAGUUUUGUUCCCUAUCUCGAAAACAUUUUCUUCUGUUUGCUAAUCUUUGUCCCUCACAAUUUUUGAAAUCCAUCUCAUCACUGAAAUACUUUCUUCUUUAAGUACUUUUUUAUUUUUCUUCAGCUUCUCUUGAUUUGACCUCAUUGCUUUGAAUUCACUGGUGCUACAAUAUGUAACUGUUGUUAAAUUGCCUUGUAAAUUUUGCGUGUCUGUAUACUUUUAUACCAACUUAUUGUAGGCUCUUUGAGGUCAGGUAUGUAUUUCUUUCCCAUAUAGAUAGUAUUUUGUGCAUACCAGUUGUUAAAUAAAUAAUUUUUAAAAUCUCAA